AUCUUUUAAUCGUAAAGUUGAAUUUUGCGAUACUGGACGGUACCGUCGACGAGUUGUUGUAGUAGUACUGUGAAUGAAUGCUAUGUGAUUAUAUAAGAACACUGUGCGCCUUUUAAUCACAGCGCCCACCCGACAAUCUGUGAUUUAUGGAAGCGCCCGAGAAUAGAGACACUGUUAAAAUUGCAGAAUACGAGGCGUGGCAGGAACCAAAUGAGCCGGAGUCGAGCAAGGAAAGGCACUAGAAAGGACCAAGGCUGGGCUUAAUAAUCAUAUACAAUACCACUCGUUUUAUUUUAUCUCAAGUGGCGACAGUGGCCAUUAUUGUAAUAUGAAGUGGAUUACUUUUCUAUCGCUCCUCUACGUAUACGCCGAUGGGCAGAGUGCAGGUGACUACGUUGAUCUUAUCCCCGAGGGUACAAGUAAUGGAGCCAAGGCGAAUCAAAAGGUGGACGACGAUAAGAAAACGCUCUCUCAGCAAGUGGCCGAAGGAAGAUAUGGUUUAAUUCCCAAUGAGAUCUUCAAAACUCCAAUCGCGCGACCGGGUAUAGUCAGUUACGAGAGUAACAGUGAAGUGCCAUCGGAUAAUAUCGACAAUUUAGGUGGAUUAAAUGAAAGUGAUAUUUGGCUAGCCGAAAAUCAUCUGUUAGUGUUAAGGGGUGGUGUGUUGUCAGUGCUGGACAAUGCGCCGGAUUAUGCGGCCAGUCCAGUAUGGCCACCUAUCGACGAUUACAAAGCGCCAAAGCGACCAGUGAAAAUACCAAAUAAUCCCAAAGUACCGCCGCCCUUUCCCGUCCAACUCAGAGAAGGAGGUCCCAUUCAAAUCUUGGGGACGAACUUUACGCGAACGCUUAAUGAAUCGUCUUACCCUUACCAAUAUCCGAUACCGCCCUUGGAUGGUUAUGACCCCGGCAAUGCCCCGUUCUUCCCACCCCCCUAUCAAAAUUCGCCCAACUUUAUUCCCGGGAAAGCUCCGUUCCCAGAUACUCCUUUCAUUACCCCCAUACAAGGGGGCAAUCAGUCUGGGUAUGGUCCAUCGCUCAAGUUCCCAAUAGGAAACAAAAUUCCGCCAAUUUUUGAUUCGUUGCCCCCGGGUACCUCUGUAGUUUCACCGAACAUAACGGAGGAUUACGACGAAGAUGACUUAUCAAUAUACUAUCCGCCCCCAUACAGUUUCUAUUACGAGAAGGAAAACGUCAGCGCGGUACCUCCGGGUCCGUUGGUGCCCGGCAUUGUACUACCUCCACCGCCCAAUUUCUUCAGUCCUUUACAAAAACCUACCGGAGCGCCAUCUGUAACAACGCUUGGGAACCAAAUGCGAAACACCACCACCAUUAUACCGACACCCGUUUACAUUAAGCCGACGUUACCCACGCACUUCUCAAUGAGAAUACCGCAAGUGCGCAACAAAACCGUCAGUGUAACAAUACUUCGCCCCAUCAAAACAACGAAAAAACCCACACCUCAAUACGUUCCAAAACCCUUCGAAGUUUAUGGUCCUCCUCCGAUUCCCAAGGUCACGGUACAAACCACAAAAGUACCACUCAAAUCAUACUUCACUGAAACUGACGCUAACCUUGUCAGUCUUCUCGAAAAAGACCACCGAACUACCAAGUCUUCGCUAAGAAAAACACCACCCCCACCACAAAUUUACUACUAUGACGAUACACCGGCCACUAACCUAGUCACUCCCUUCCCUUCCAACCACCAAAUCCUCCUGCGUAAUUUAUCCGAUUUUUACGUAGAGCCGCCGAAGGUGUCCAGAGUUAGAUCGCACAACCGUUACUAUCUGCCAGCGCAGGAACCUCUCCAAGUGCGCACCAACAGUUUCAACACUCACAUAGCGCAGCUGCAGGACGAAAUUGAAAAGACGAGACCUCGCAUCAGACCGCAAACGCCCAAACCGGUCUACCAAUACAGCUUUGAGGUUUCGAACUACAAAGAACAGCACGAGAAGUUACACCCAGCAUACCAUCCCCAGGUUGAAAUACAACCCGCAAUUGAAGUAUCAACACCUCCGCCGGUCUACCAAAACCGCCCGCUGCCGAUCUACGUCCGGCCCCAUUUCGAUUACUCGCCGCCGGUUACACCGAACCCGGUUUACGACCAGUACUACACCAAGCAAGACGAGCGAGGCCUCGACGACAUUACAAAGACGUACUUUACGACCUUCGGCAAAAAACUUCCCGCAUCGACGACGCCGCUACCGCCGCCGAGACGAUUACCGCCGAAACGUCCGAGCGCCGACGCCAUAGUGAACUACCUCAAGCGCCCUCUGCAGGUCGACUACAUCGGCGCCUACCACCAAGAACAGGACUAUCGGCGAAAGAUACCGCCGAACGUGCAGACGAUUCAAGCGAUACAGGUGCCGCUGAGGACGACGCUGCGCGAAACUCAGGCCGGCUCGUUUAUAUCCUACGAACUGCCGGGAGACGACGGUGCUCAUUUUUACUUUUUAACGCCGCAGCUGACGAACUACUACCAGCAAACGGCGGACUCGAGGAUACGACAGCAGCGCGAAGCGUAGUGUGAUAAGACAAUUUGUGUGAUUAAUUGGAUUUUACCGCCAAAGAAGAUCUGAUGAGCUCAAAAGUGAUUUUAGAUAUGUAUUUAUUUAAGAUGAAAUUUAGUGGUCGUCUCUGUGAGAUGAUUACGUACCUAAAUAAAGAAAGUAAAAAAAA